AUGGAAUACAACGCGAGGCCGGUUUCUAGCCUUGAAAUCGCCCCGGCAGUGAUAAUCUACGGCACGACUCAUAGUUCUCACGUUGUCAAUCUCGCAUUGUAUUCGUCUUACUAUGGGAAAACGCAUAUAAUCACUGAUCACGAACGAGUCAUUGCUUGCUUUCAAAAGCCAGCAAACAAUCUUGAGACAAGCAAAAGUCAAGGCAAAAGAGGGAAAGGUAACGAACCAGACAAGGCCAAUCCUUCCACCCGAGAAAAUAAUCCCAACAAACACGCGCAUUCUCCAUGCGACAACAGAAUCUCUCAGUCCUCAUCAGCACAACAGAGAAAGUUACCCACCUUCCUAAUCUAUAUCUUCAAGGUACUAGGUAGCUUUCGUCCAGCUUUAUACAUCUGCAAUACUCCCAAACUUCGCGGAACCCUUUCCGAUAUCCAAGUACGGAAACGUUUCUGA